UGACAGGAGAAGCAAUGUGGAAGACACGCGUGGUAUUCGUCACUGUUUUCAGAGCACAACAAGUAGAAGAGACAACCAUGAAGAUAACGGAGAUAUUAACCAAGGACAGAGAAAAGUAAGGAUCGAUAUCUAUGCUGAACCCAAUCGUGUAACCUUCAGGCCGAGUCACCUUGAUCUCAGUAAGGACCAGUUUAGAUACAAGUUAGACUUCCUGGCGUGUGAUUAUGACACAAAAUUCAGUAACUGGCAAGACGCAAAGUUAAACAGGCUAGCCAUGAAAAUUUCGGCACGCCCUUACACCAAUACGACUUUCCAAAUACGAGAAAAGACCACUGGCAAAAUAACAGCAAGAAAUUCUACAGUCACCCCUGCUACAGAACCUGAAGUUAGGGUGAGAAGUCUUCAGUGUGAUUCCAGAAGAUGCACAGCUACCGUGGAAAACAAUUGCGUUAAAUAUAAUGGUUACAGUAUGAAAGUGCAAUUCAUUCUGAAGCCAUCGAGUGAGAAAGUCAAGAAUCCCCUCGUUAAAUACGGUGUUGUCAACUCUGGGGGAAGAGCAACGAUAGCAUUAAAAGAUCUGCUGCCCUUUACGAACCACACCGUAAUCGCCAACCCUGCCAACGACGUGGGCGCCGCCACCGACCCCUCCCUCUCCAAAGAAUCCUCCUUCAUCGCAAUUUCCCAAUGCUAUUGGAAUCCAAGGACUAGGGCAGAGAUCGACGCAAAAACAACCCUGCGCUUCACUUGGAACGGACUUCGCAGUAACAAUGGCAACCCUGGUUACUACACACUCACACAAUGGCAACCCUGGUUACUACACACUCACACAAUGGCAACCCUGGUUACUACACACUCACACAAUGACAACCCUGAUUACUACACACUCACAUUCUUGGAUGGAGGAAACAAGAGCACUGUGAAAAAUGUCAUCGAUACUGAAAUCAAAUUUGCUCACCUGACUCCAGGCAAAAAGUACACGUUAGAAGGGAAGGAGUGCUUUACAACAGUGCACUGUGACAUACUGACGACACUUGAAGAAUGGACGGAACCAGAGAAGCCACGAGUGCUGGAAAAGACAGAACUCCAGACAACAACAGACACCACCAUCACCAUCCAGCUGCCCGUCCUGCAGAACCCUCCAGGAAUGCACUGGAUAUUGCUGAGGAAAUACAGCGGCGGCGGCGACGAACAUCACACAAGGAAGCAAGACACUGAGAAGAAAGCACUGGUAAUGGUUCGCACAGAAAGGGCGAAGGAAAGGAAGGAGGCGCAGGCAAGGAGGAGGAAUCGUCGUUCCGCUGAUCCAGGAGAAAACGAUCACUCGUUGCGAAUUGUGGCUAAGAUCGAGGUGGUGGAGGAAAAGGACCCCGAGGAGUUAGUGGUGGUGGGAGGCGACUGGCAUGGAGGGAAGGGUCUGGAAAGCGACACUGAGUACAUUGUGUUCAUAGUGACGGAGACCAGGGCAGGUCCCUACAGUGAAUACUUCUCGUGCAAGCCAAGGAUUAUGAGGACAGCGAAACGGCCUAAAGAGCCCGCUUUUCUGGGGAUGACCGUGGGCCUGUGUUCUGCUGCGCUCUUCCUCAUUUGCUUCAUUGCAGCACUGGUGGUGAAACUUAAGAAAUCAAGGUCUCUUGUUGUGACACAGGAAGCAGCUUCCGGAAAAGAGUCGUUGUAACCCAGUCAACAAGGAAGGUAAGGCAUGAAGAGAGGAUCAUGCGGACCAUAACUAAGGCCAGCAUUCAGAGACCCUUUGUUCUCUCACCACAGCGACUGAGGUACUGUCAAAGAAGACUACGAUAUGUUAAGACAAGUAGAAUCUACCUGCCAGGUACUAUAUAAUGGUUUAGGGAAUAGACCUUCUGUAUUAGAUAGCUAGUAUACUCAAUAAUUUUGCUCUGUAUUGAUAUCUCUGUUUCCUUAUUCUUGAAAUAAUGAAUAAAAUGCUCAGCAAGCUAUAUUCUCUGUUGUCCGUCGUAGCAAACGAUGCUGUAGUGAUUCUUUGCUCGAUGGAUUCUGUUACUACGAAACCGAGUCUUUUGUAUUGAUUCGGGUCUGUACUGGUGAUGGGUAACAAUAAACCUGGUAACUGCCACGCCGUGUCUACA